AUGCUUAAUAGUCAUUUUCAAGCUCAGGGUGUGAGCAUAAAUUUUUUGGAGAAUCAAGUGGGUCAAAUUGCUUCUGCACUUACCCUAAGGACUAUGAGAGCACUUCCUAGCUCCACUAAAACUCUAACAUCUACAUCUCAAGCCAAGAGUAUUGAAACAUGCAAGGUGAUCAAGUUAAGAAGUGGAAAAGAAUGUGAAGGAUCAACAUCUACAAGGAAAGAAUCACCAAAAGAGAAUCUGAUUACUCAUGACACUUCAGAAAAGGAAGUAUAUGAAUCUACUAAAGAAAAACUUGUAUUGGAACCUAUUGUGGAAAUGAUAGAACAAGAUAGAAGCACACUGAAGACUUCUAGCUUGAAAUCUAGUUUAGAGAAGCUGCCAAUUGCCAUGCUAUAG